CCUUCCCGCUUGGUAACCAUAAGUUUGUUUUCUACGUGCCGACCCCUCUUCUGCUGCCCUGUGCCCCACGUGGCAGACACACGGAGGCCUGUGCACCUUGGACAAUCAGGCUGGCAUUUCAAGAUAGAGACGAUACUCAGCCUAGCAGCUAUUUCAUCACUGUCUCUGAUGUGCAACUCAGAAUCCUUUUCCCAUGGAAAAAAUAUUAUAAAUGAUGGUUGAGACUCUAGAUAAGCUCACAAAGGUCUAUUUAGCAUAAACGGUGGCUGAGUUAAGAACCCUGUGGAUUGUCAGCACUUAAAACACAGCCUGGCAGAAAGCAAAUGAUCAGGAGAUGUUUGUUGACUGAAUGAAUAACCUGCCCCACGGUUCUGAUGCUGAUGAGGACCCCAGAGAGCCAGAGCCAUUCCUGGAGCUGGAAGAAGAGACGGAGGGGGCCCCGGCUAGCGACUUGUACGCGGCACCCAACUCCUGCCAGGGCCGCUGCCUGGAAGCCUUCGACAAGCACCACCUAUGCCACUGCAACGCCCGCUGCCCAGAGUUUGGAAACUGCUGCGAGGAUUUCGAGAGCCUGUGUGGCCAUGAGGGCUUCUCCCACAUCAGCGAUGCCAUAACCAAGGAGGAACUGCAGAGCACCUCUGAGAAGAUCUAUAGGGCAGACACCAACAAAGCCCAGAAGGCAGACAUUGUUCUCAAUAGCCAAAACUGCAUCUCGCCCUCGGAGACCAGCGACCAAGUAGACCGCUGCCCAGAGCCGCUCUUCACGUAUGUCAAUGAGAAGCUCUUCUCCAAGCCGACCUACGCCGCCUUCAUCAACCUCCUCAACAACUACCAGCGGGCCACGGGCCACGGGGAGCACUUCACAGCCCAGCAGCUGGCUGAGCAGGACACCUUCCUCAGAGAGGCCAUGAAGACAGCCGUCAUGAAGGAACUCUACGGCUUCCUCCACCAGCAGAGACCUGGCUCUGCCUUCCCCUCUCCUCAGUCCUCUGUGUUCCUCUCCCCAGACCGCUACAGCACAGAACAGGAGUUCGUCAACGACUUGAAAAACAUGUGGUUUGGGCUGUAUGCAAGAGGCAAAGAAGAGAGGGACUCAGGUGGCUUUGAACAUGUCUUCUCAGGUGAAAUCAAAAAAGGCAAGGUCACUGGCUUCCAUAACUGGAUCCAAUUCUACAUGCAGGAGAAGGAGGGCCUCGUGGACUAUUACAGUCACAUCUGUGACGGGCGUUGGGAUUCUCACCCCCAUGUGCUGGCCUUGCAGUUCAGCUGGGACGGCUACUACAAGGAAGUGCCAGUUAAGCCUGAGUGGACAUCCCUUGGCCAUCCAGACCUAUACCUGGGACAAGUCAACCUACGGAAAUGGCAAGAAGUACAUCGCCACAGCCUACGUGGUGUCUUCUACCCAAUAGAGCUUCGAGCUAGAAAGGGGCAUGAGGGCAGUGAGAGCUCUAGUCGGACUGAGAUUCUAUUUGCUCUGCGCUGGAGGGGGAGGGAAUGGAGGAGACUGGGAGGGACUCCCCAAUCCAGAAACGCCCAUAUGAGAAAGAGAGAAAAGAUACAAAUUAGAGAAACAGUCAAAUCUUUGUCCUCCAGUAUUUUGGAAAAAGAAAGUGGGGACCCUCAAUAGCUCUUUGCCCUGCUGGGAGGUGGAACCGUGAAUAAGUCCUUGAGGUCUCCAGGCCUCAUGUUUCCUUUUAAUGCAAAGGGAAGGGGGGUUGGUGAGAAGGCAAACCUGAUGACAUUCUUACGGUGAAGAUGUUUUCAAUUGUUCUUAGGAAGAAUGGCUGAUAGAAAUUCAAGGUUACCCUAAUGGCUGUUAUUGUACACAGCUCUGCAAACUGUAAUCACCCCCAUACUGGGGCCUCAAAGAAAUCAGGCUAUGGAGAUCAAGGGUGGGUAUUUGGUCUUUUCUAGGGUUAGAGCCUCUCAGAACAGGGUCUGCGAGAGGGUAACGGCUGAUGCAGUGAGUAGGCCGGAGCGGCAGUGGACUUCUCCAGGCCUGAUUUUUUGUAGUCAGCUAGGUAACUGCAACAAGAAACUUCCUAAUUGUGGAUAUUUAGUGCAGUUACAGAGCUGUAUUUUGAUUCCAAAUAGUUUGUAAAAGAGUUUCCCUCAUAGGAGGAAGAUUUUGCAUCAGAAGAAGAAAGGAACCUAUAGCUUGGUGUCACUAACAUAAUUAUUUUAAGUCUAAUUCAGCAGCCAUAAUUUGCAUAAGCUCUUAGGAUGGAAGACAGGGAGACUGGGGCUCCCUAUUCCAACUCAAUUAUGCCUUUCUCCCCUAAUCACAUUGGGAACCAGAUGCUGUCCCACAGGGCAAGGCUUGAACUAUGCUUUAGAGUCUUGAGUCUCAAGUCAUUUAAGAAAGCUUGAAAUGUGUCUCUUCUUUGCAUAUGGCCCCCCCUCAACUGUCUGUCUCCCAGCCUUUUCCGUGCAGCAGAGCUGGGAGUGAUGCUUCUGGCUUUAGUGGCUCUUUGGGAUGACCUGGAGGAUGUGGUAUCUUGGUAAAGUUCCUGACUCACCUAGUCUCUCUAGCUAAGAUGGGUGGAGAAUUCACCUGGUGGACUUGUAACGUGAAGGGUGGAAGGAGAGCCCUUCCCGCUUCUGGUUCCACAUAUAAGGAACCUGGAAGUCACCAUUCCAUCCUAACAAGUAAAAACUGAACAGGGUGAAAAACCAACAAUUCUUCUUGGAUCUGUAAGACAGGGGAGAACACAGGCAAACUGCUGCCCUCAAGACUGGAAAGACAGGUGAAUGUAGGAAGACACAGAAACCAGUGCUGGGGUAGAAAAACCUGAACUGUAAUUGAUAAUUGCUGGAGGUUCAGUACAGUUGACUCUGAGAGUUAAAAACUCCAGGGGGCCCAGUCACAGGGUGCCUGCACAAUGUUGUGAAAUUUACCUCCAGGAGCCCUCAGCCUUCCAGCACAGGUGUGAGAAAAGAAACCAUUUUGAAAUACUCCAGAGCAUUCUGUCCUUCUUAACAAAGUCUGCCCUGAAGGGAAGCUAGUUAGCCAGAGCCUAAGCUGCUGGGGUAUCGUCAGAGCCUAACUGACAGGAAGGGAGAGACCCAACUCUGGCCUUCCACGUAGGAGAAGAGAAUUACCCAACUCCAGUCCCCUUCUAGCCAUCCUCUCCACACAAGCGGGGAGAAACACUUGUGAAGUUCACAGUACGAGGCGUAGGCUGCCUGAAGGACAGACCUACAGAGGACUACAGAAUGCUUUCCCUCCCCUCACACCUCACCACCCCAUUAUUAAAGGCCUAUUUACAGCACUUUCUUUUACUGGUACAUUGUGUCUGGCUAUCAAGAAAAAACUGUUACCCCAAAACGGGGUUCCCCUUUUGGUGGGUGUCGAGCCAAAAGACAACCAAGCCAAAGAUUGGAAGGAAGAAGGAUUUAUCACUUGCAGCCAGUCAGGAGAAUACUGGGGAUCUUUCCCAAAGCAGUGUCACCCCAAACAGCAAAACUGGGGAAGCGUUAAGCUAAGCGUCCGUGCAUAUUCAUGGAGGGGCUUGGGCUGUGUGACAGAGUCCGAGCCUUAGCUGACUGAAGUCAUGAGGGUCAGAAAAGGUCAACAACAUCGUCCCUCAGUUUCCAGCUGAUCUGGUGGUUGAGCUCUUCAGGCUAAUCUUUACCACUGAAACAGAACCGGGAGUUUUUACCACUGAUCUUUGCUAUCUUUUUUUUUUUUUUUUUCCUGAUCUUUGCUAUUGU